AUGCCCUCGGAGGAGCCCUGCGCCCCCGGCGCCCCGGGGACCAAGCGCGCGCCGGGCCGCGAGCUGCGCCUACCUAGCCAGCUGCUGCCAGAGCUCUACGCCUUCGCGGCGCGCGUGCUGUUCUGCUUGGCGCCCGUCUACCUAGCUGGCUACCUGGGGCUCAGCAUCACCUGGCUGCUGCUCGGCGUCCUGCUGUGGAUGUGGUGGCGCAGGAACCGCCGCGGGAAGCUCGGACGCCUCGCUGCCGCCUUCGAAUUCCUAGACAACGAACGCCAGUUCAUCAGCCGCGAGCUGCUCGGCCAGCACCUGCCCGCUUGGAUCCACUUCCCGGACGUGGAACGGGUUGAAUGGGCCAACAAGAUCAUCUCCCAGAUCUGGCCCUACCUCAGCAUGAUCAUGGAAAACAAGUUCCGGGAGAAACUGGAGCCCAAGAUCCGGGAGAAGAGCGUGCACCUGAGGACCUUCGCCUUCACCAAGCUCUACUUUGGACAGAAGUGCCCCAGGGUCAACGGCAUCAAGGCGCACACAGACCAGCGCAACCGCAGACAGGUGGUCCUGGACUUGCAGAUCUGCUACAUCGGGGACUGUGAGAUCAGUGUGGAGCUGCAGAAGAUACAGGCUGGUGUGAACGGCAUCCAGCUGCAGGGCACACUGCGGAUCAUCCUGGAGCCCCUACUGGUGGACAAGCCCUUUGUAGGAGCCGUGACUAUGUUCUUCCUUCAAAAGCCGCACCUGCAGAUCAACUGGACAGGCCUGACCAACCUGCUGGAUGCACCAGGAAUCAAUGAGAUGACAGACAGCCUGCUGGAGGACCUCAUCGCUGCCCACCUGGUGCUACCCAACCGUGUGACUGUGCCCGUGAAGAAGGGGCUGGACGUAACCAACCUGCGCUUCCCUCUGCCCUGUGGAGUGAUCAGAGUCCACUUGCUGGAGGCUGAAAAGCUGGCCCAGAAGGACAGCUUCCUGGGAAUUCGAGGCAAGUCAGACCCCUACGCCAAGGUGAGCAUCGGCCUGCAGCACUUCCGGAGCAGGACCAUCUCUAAGAACCUGUACCCCACCUGGAAUGAGGUGUUUGAGUUCAUAGUGUAUGAAGUCCCUGGGCAGGACCUGGAAGUGGACCUGUAUGAUGAGGAUCCUGACAAGGACGACUUCUUGGGCAGCCUGCAGAUCUGCCUCGGGGAUGUCAUGACCAACAGAGUGGUGGAUGAGUGGUUUGCGCUGAACAACACAACGAGCGGGCGGCUGCACCUGCGGCUGGAAUGGCUUUCACUGAUCACAGAGCCGGACGCUGUGACUGAGGACCAUGGGAGCUUUUCCACUGCCAUCCUUGUGGUCUUCUUGGAGAGCGCCUGCAACCUGCCGAGAAGCCCUUUUGAGUACCUAAAUGGUGAAUAUCAAGCCAAAAAGCUGUCCAGAUUUGCCAGGAAUAAAGUCAGCAGAGACCCUUCUUCCUACGUCAGGCUCUCUGUAGGCAAGAUGACACACCUGAGCAAGACCUGUCCCCGCAGCAAGGACCCAGUAUGGAGCCAGGUAUUCUCCUUCUUCGUGCACAACGUGGCCGCUGAACAGCUGCAUCUGAAGGUGCUUGAUGACGACCAAGAGUGUGCUCUAGGAGUGCUGGAGUUCCCCCUGUGCCAGAUUCUCCCCCAUGCAGACCUUACUCUGGAGCAGCGCUUCCAGCUGGACCACUCAGGCCUGGACAGCCUCAUCUCCAUGAGGCUGGUGCUUCGGUUCCUACACUUGGAAGAACGAGAGCUGGGAAGUCCAUACACAGGACCUGAAGCCCUAAAGAAAGGCCCUCUGUUCAUUAAGAAGGUCACCACCAACCAGGACCCUAGAGCCCGACCCCAGGGAGAGGGCCCUACAGAUCUGCCAUGCCCUCCAGACCCUUCUUCUGAGAUCAAGCAAGCUGCCAAGAACACCACUUCUGCCACCAUCACUGCCACCAAGCCCAUGCUUGAAGAGACGGGCCCAGAGCCCAAAGGCAAGGACAGUGCACCCAUGGGGAAGAAGAGUCUGGCCACCAUCUACUUGGCUGUGCCAGGCCCCCACUCUCCAGGGCCCAUCAAGUCACCCAGACCCAUGAAAUGCCCUGCCUCCCCAUUCGCAUGGCCACCCAAGGGGCUGGCUCCCAGCAUGUCCUCGCUCAACUCCCUGGCCUCUUCCUGCUUUGACCUGACAGAUAGCAGCCUCAACAUUGAAGGCGGGAAUCUCGGGCAUCGGGGGCUGGGUGAGAUUCAGCUCACGGUGCGCUAUGUGUGUCUGCGGCGCUGUCUCAGCGUGCUAAUCAAUGGCUGCAGAAACCUGACGCCCUGUACCAGCAGUGGAGCUGAUCCCUACGUCCGUGUCUACUUGUUGCCAGAAAGGAGGUGGGCAAGUCGUAAGAAGACCUCAGUGAAGCGGAAGACCCUGGAGCCCCUGUUUGAUGAGACAUUUGAAUUUUUUGUUUCCAUGGAUGAAGUAAAGAAGAGGUCACUAGAUGUCGCAGUGAAAAAUAGUAGACCACUUGGCUCACACAGAAGGAAGGAACUGGGAAAGGUACUGAUUGACUUAUCAAAAGAAGAUCUGAUUAAGGGCUUCUCACAGUGGUAUGAGCUGACUGCAGAUGGACAGCCUAGAAGUUGA